AUGAAUCAAAACUUCCAGGGCGCGCCUGAUCGGGAAGAUAUCAGGCUGUUGGAUCAGCUUCGUAGUCAAUUGAUGCCGAUGAUCAAGACUAUGGAUCGAUUGCAGGCGGAAAUGCAGUUUAAGAUGAGCCGCGGAGAAGCCGUAGAUUGGCCACAAAUUCACCGAACAACACAGCUGGUAACAUCUUACCUAAAUUCGAUACAUCUUCUUAUAAACGGUGGCUACCGUCAUCAAUCCAAACUCAUCACCCAGAAACACCACGUCCCUUCAAAGGACGCCGCUGGUAACCCUGUGGUAGACAGCGCCGGCAAUGCAGUCCUCGUUGAGCGCGACGUCCGCCGGAGAAUGACCAGCAUACAGGCCUUACCCCCCAACACAGCAAAGUUCGAGGCUCUUCAUCCGUUUCCUAACCCUUCAUUUCCGAUGAACGCUGGUGGCGGCAUGGCGGCGGGUAUGGCAGGUACCUUGCUACGAAAGAGGCUAGAGCCCAUGGAAGAGGGCUGGGUAGAAGAACGUAUUCGCAAAGCAUCAGAAUGGUGUUUCGUGCCUGAAGAAUGGGGCAUUGGUCCUCGGAAGCCUGACGCAACAAGUGCGACAAAGCAAGACGCAACCGAAGACGAAGACGACGAAGAUCAAGUCCCAGAGUCGGAACGUCUGGACUCGGAAGCUAUACCGACUACCCGGGUCAAGAACCCACUAUCUGCAGACGAGAUUGUCGAUUUAUGGAAACAUGCGCAUCAGGAGGUCUUUGAUCAAAAGUAUCUGAGGCAGAAAUACCCAGCUAGUUACCCUGAUCCAGGUGCUCAGGACGCGGGUGAAGGCGAGGAAGAGGAGGAAGAAGGCGACGAGGAGGAAGAGGAAGAGGAAGAGGAGUUUGAGGAUGUCAUGGAUACUUCUGGUGGGGCGGAAACAGCAGGACAGGAUGCGGUAAAAGCGAAGGUGGUGAAGAAAAAGGUUACAGUAGGGAAGUUGCCGGUACAUGAGCCGGUGGAUGGUGUACCGGUGCUUUCGCUUGGGUUUGCGCACAAGUUCUCGGAAAUCGGUGAGGUGUAG